AGACUGGACAAAAUCAGCUUCAGGAGGAGACGGCUCUGACAGAGAACUGGUCCCAGAAGCCUGACGUCAGGCAUGCAGACUGGAAAUGCAGGUUUUUCACUGUUCUUUGUUUGUCUUGUCUUCAUCAGCAUGGAGGGAAAAGAAGCAGCUUCACAGAAACAGGUCCGUCGGUCCGACUCGCUGUGUGCUGGUGAACAGGACUAUGUCGCCAGGCGCAAACUAGUGGUGUUGAAGGCUCUGAAAAACCUGCAGGUCAACUGCACAGAGGACGCCGUUCCUCACAUCGCUCUGCUGGCGUCCGGGGGGGGUCAGAGGGCAGCGGUGGGUCUGGUGGGUUCUGCCUACCAGCUGCAGCAGGACGGCCUGCUGGACACGCUGCUCUACCUGGGAGGAGUCUCUGGGUCCACAUGGUCCAUGAGUUCUUUGUACUAUGACCCAGAGUGGAGCUCCAACAUGGACGGAGCGGUGGCCCGGCUGUCGGGACCGGGGGUGGAGCUGGAGGAGGCGCUGGGAUGGCUGGACAAGAGCUCACAGCAGGAGGACUUCUCCCUCAGUGACAUCUGGGGGGUUCUGACCUCUGCUGGGAUCAUGAAGCAGAUGAAUCUGCAGCAUCUUUCCGAGGAGGCCAAGAGGAACGCCACCAACCCAUACCCUGUGUACAGCGCCGUCGAGAAGCGCUGCUACCAAAACGGGCCAACAGAAGGGAAAUGGUUCGAGGUGACGCCUCACGAGGCUGGAUUCACAGAGAUGGGCCUCUUCAUCCAGACGUCUCUACUGGGAAGCAAGUUCCAGAAUGGAACGCUGGUGGAGGAGCGGCCGGAGAUGGACAUGGUCAGACUACAAGGUCUUCUCGGUUGUGCUCUGGCUGAUGAGAAGUUCCUGAAGAGCCUAAUGCCUGCGUAUCUGAACGUGCCUGGACUCGUGGACAGCGCUGCUGAGGAGUACGUGCGUGUCUACAGUAUGCUGGACAAACUGGUGGACCUGACACGAAGCACCAUCCAAGACCCCACUGCUCUGGCUGAUCUGGACCAUCUGCAGAAAAUACUGAAAGACAUGAUGAAUCAUAACCAGUCUGCGCUGCUGGAGGCAAAGAGUCCAGAGGAACGAAAGGGCCUUUUUCAGCAGUGGAGCCUGGAGCUGGUGGCAGCGGUGGAGAACUGGAGCCAGAACCUGGAGGACGGAGCCUUCAAAACCCACGCCUCUGUUCUCACUAAACAGGUCAUUCCUCUCAUCAUAAAGUGGGAGUGGGGAACAACCAGGAACUUCCUCUACCAAUACCAAGAUUCCAUGGUUCCACCGUGCCUCCACACCAAUGAAAGCCUCCACCUGAUCGACGCUGGACUGCUGAUCAACGUGGCCUACCCUGCGUUCCUGGGGGAAAAGAGAGACAUUGACCUCAUCAUCGCACCGGAGUACAGCGCUGGGAACAUCUUUGAGACUCUGACUCUCGCCAGAGACUAUGCAGCUGAGGUGAAGAAGCCUUUCCCAGAGAUAGACAACAAAGUCAUAGAGGACAGAGACUGGCCAAAGGACUGUUACGUGUUCGAGGGGAAAGGGAAGGAGCCCACCAUCGUUUACAUGCCGCUGUUCAACAGACGCAACUGCAAAGAUGUGGAGGAGCUCAAAGCGAAGAGGGAGGAGUUCUCCACGUUCCAGCGGCCCUUUUCCCCGGAGAAGAUCAACUUCGUGCUGGAGACGGCAAAAGCCAACAUGAAGAACAACAGGGAAACUCUGCUGAGGGAGAUCCACAAAGCCACUGUCCGUCGCAGGGGACAUCAGAAUCACAAUCAGAAAAAGCUUUAUUGCCAUGCUCUGUAGAGUGCACUUCAAAGAACUAGGAACUUGUCUUCUUCUUUGUCUUUGAUUGGGUGUGAUCUUGGAUCUUUUUAAUCAUCUUUAUAAAGUAGAGAGGAUACAGUCGGAGCUCUGUCUGCACAAACACACAUGAAUAUAUAAACCAAGCUUCAGCUGCAUUUAAGGUGAAAAAUACAAUGCAAUAAAGAGGAUCCUAACAAUGA